GAAUCUGGGAAGUAACUUCAUGUCUUGUGCAUACCUCCCAAAACCAUCAACGGCUGCAUGGCAUAACUUUAUACCAUCUGUCGUUCUGCAGUUCAUCAUGUACGCUAUGACGCUUUAUCGUCUAAUGAAGAGCACGACAUCCAUCAGUUCACCUACGUUCAUAGUGCGAUUCCUUAACGAGGGUGGACCGAUGUACUUCGUAGCAACAGCUGCACUGGUAUACACAGUAGUCAGUGUUUCUGUGGAAGAUGAAACAAUCCGCGUAACAGGAAUAGACUCAUAUUUCGCGUUCGCAACCAUCGCGGUUGCGGUCUGCCAUGUCCUGCUAAGCAUUCGCACCUUGGCUGCUAGAUACGAAGUUGACCCGCACUGGCUCUUGAGCCAUAGCGAGUUGAGUCGGCUCCAGUGCAAGAGAGGGGCGGGCGGGGAGCUGUUGGUGGAUAUGGGAAUUAAUGAGGGGAGCAAUAUGGAAAUCAAUGUGCAGUCACCUGAACCAAGAGUUGAUGAGCUGCGAGUCUGGACAAAAGUACGUCCCUUGUCUCAUCCGGUUACUUU